UAUAAAACUAUUUGGUCGAAAUAACGUGUUAGAAAUUCUACACUUUCUAUAAAAAGAAAUUUAAAGUACAUACUGCUUAAGAAAAUAGACCAAACUACUAAUCUUUAAAUUACAGAUGGUAUUGGUAAUGAAUUUGAACAAAAACAUUAAUAUAAUCUUUCAUCUGUCGGUCAAACAUAUAAUAUUAUAACCUAAAGUCGGUUUCUAUAAGUUUCCCUCAGCACAUAAAAGAACCAAGAAGACCUUCUCUCAUCAUCAUUAUUAUAGGAAGUUAGGAACUAUGGCUUAUGAAGAGAGAAGAUCAUCGAUCCUGGAUUCAUUCUCGCUAUCGCCACUACCAUACCCAGUUCUUUUGAUCCUAGCCGUUGCUUCAGUGUUCUUGUUGAGUUCAUGGUACUUCAGCUUGGAAGAAGCAGCCGAAUCAGCGGAAGAGCAGAUAAAUUUUGCGCUUCUCUUGAUUCCUCUGUUUCUUAUAGUCUUGGUCCGGUGGUUAUCUUCCAUGGAGAACCCUGAUGCGCUUCUCGGGAUGUUUUCAAGCAGUCGUCGGACAACUUACGUGAGUCCCGGAGCCGGAGGUGACGGUGGAAGCUCGCCGUGGGGAGUGGCGGCGUUGAUAGUUUUGUUGCUUGUAUUGCUUCAGUAUCAAUCAAGUUUCUUGGAGAUGUGGUCUGGUUAAUGAUAUUGAUAGGUUUUUUUGAUUUUCACGUGUUUUGUUUUGUCGUCUAGUAGCACGAUGAUGUAAAAAUUUGGUCAUUACUUACGAAUUACGAGGUUUAAAAUCUCGUGACGGUACUACAUGUUAUCCAAUAUCGGCUUGUCUCUUGGUUACACGUUGCCCAAUACUUUGAUAAUUCAUACUUUGAGCAAGAAGUAUGGCGUUGAUAUUUUUCAAAAACUGCAUUUUCAAGAAUGCAUUUACGAUAAAGUUUUUAAAAGACCCUAUGAAUUGAAUUGUAUUGAAUACAUCCUCAA